UUAGAAGAAGAGGCCCUCUCGAUUGGUUUUCCCUUGUGCCUGAGUGAAUCGAUCACAGAGCGACUGGCAGCGCUGAUGCAACUCUGACAGGUCCAGCCGGUCUCAGUCACACUCUCACACCUCUCGCAGUCAGGAGCUCGUCUUGAGAAGCCUCAGGUGCCAUGGCAGAACAGCUCAGCCCGGAUGAGAAGUUCAAUCUCAUCACAAGGAACCUGCAGGAGGUUCUGGGUGAGGAGAAGCUGAAGCAGGUUCUCCAGGAGAGAGAGCUCAAGGUGUACUGGGGCACAGCGACCACCGGCAAGCCUCAUGUCGCUUACUUUGUCCCCAUGUCCAAGAUCGCAGACUUCCUCAAGGCUGGCUGUGAGGUGACCAUCCUGUUUGCGGACCUGCAUGCCUACUUGGACAACAUGAAGGCUCCCUGGGAGCUGCUGGAGCUCCGGGUGCAGUACUACGAGCAGGUCAUCAAGGCCAUGUUGGAGAGCAUCGGGGUUCCACUGGAUAAACUGAAGUUUAUCAAGGGAACCGACUUCCAGCUCAGCAGAGAGUAUACUCUGGAUGUGUACCGCCUGUCCUCCAUGGUGACGGAGCACGAUGCUAAGAAAGCCGGAGCGGAGGUGGUCAAACAGGUGGAGCAUCCUCUGCUGAGUGGCCUGCUCUAUCCAGGACUGCAGGCACUCGAUGAGGAGUACCUGAAAGUUGACGCCCAGUUUGGAGGAGUCGACCAAAGGAAGAUUUUCACCUUGGCUGAAAAGUACUUGCCCUCCCUGGGCUACGCCAAGCGCUCCCAUCUGAUGAACCCCAUGGUGCCAGGACUGACUGGGGCCAAGAUGAGCUCCUCAGAGGAAGAGUCAAAGAUUGAUCUGCUGGACAAGAGGGAGGAUGUGAAGAAGAAGCUGAAGAAGGCUUUCUGCGAGCCGGGCAACAUCGAGAACAAUGGAGUCCUGUCCUUUGUCAAAUACGUCCUCUUCCCUCUGCAUGGAGAGUUUGGCAUCAAAAGAGACCCGAAGUGGGGGGGAGACAAAGUCUACACCGAGUUCGAGGAGGUGGAGAAGGACUUUGCACAAGAGAUGAUCCACCCUGGAGACCUGAAGGCCUCAGUGGAAGUAGCACUAAACCAACUGCUGGACCCAAUCAGAAAGAAGUUUGAGUUGCCUGAGCUCCGCAAACUCACCAACUCUGCCUACCCCGACCCCUCGAAAACCAAAGCAGCAGGAAAAGGUGCCAAAGCAGGAGGAGGGGGAGGAGGAGGAGAGGACGAUGAGCUGGUCCCCUCCAGACUGGACAUCAGGGUGGGCAAAGUCAUCAGCGUGGAGAAGCACCCGGAUGCCGAUUCGCUCUACCUGGAGAAGAUAGACGUGGGAGAGGCGGAGCCGAGGACGGUAGUCAGCGGGCUGGUGGCCUACGUUUCCCAGGAGGACUUGCAGGACAGAAUGGUGUUGCUGCUGUGCAAUCUCAAACCCCAAAAGAUGCGCGGAAUCGAGUCUCAAGCCAUGCUGCUAUGUGCCUCUGUUGACGGGGAGCCCAGGAGGGUGGAGCCUCUCGACCCCCCAGAGGGCUCGUCGCCGGGGGAGCAGGUCUUUGUUGAGGGCUAUGAGACAGGCAAACCAGACGACAAACUCAACCCAAAGAAGAAGGUGUGGGAGAAGCUGCAGGUUGACCUGAAGGUGUCAGAGGAGUGUGUAGCCCAGUGGAAAGACAAGCAUUUGAUGACCAAACUUGGACAGAUCACAUGCAAGACACUGAAAGGAGGCAACAUCAGUUAAACACACACACACACACACUCAUCGCCACUCAGCACUGAAACUGCUCCCACUGGCCGCCCUCACAGCGAGAAUCCACUCAUCAUCUUAUCACCAUGGUAACGGCAGCGCUCAAACUUCAUCGGCAUGGUUCUCGAGGGGGAGAAAAAUCGGAGCAAGAUUGGACAUGAAUGCCAAAAAUCUCAAAUGGUUGGGACGAGCAUGAAAAAAGUAUCUUGCUUUGUCAUGUAUUAUGAAAAAGAAUUUUAACUCAACAAUCUCAAGAGCUAUGUACAACAAAAUGUAUACGACUAAUCAGACUCUUCAUUGUAAUGUCAUUAUGAUUCAGUACUAUGGCAUUUUUACCAGGCAUUGUGCGCUUUCAGUAACUCACUUCGAAAUACAAUAUUACAAAUGUUGAAACAGCUUAUGUUUUACAAACGAUACUCAUAAAAUAGGAAUAACCUCCUCUUCAUUAGUGCAGUAAUGGUUACUUGGAAGCUGGCAGGAAACAUCUCAGGUGUUGAAAAGGGAAUUCAUGUUUCAGUAGUUUUUUCUGGGGUUUAAAAUCUGUGGUGGUGGCUUCCUCUGCAGUAAAUGUCAGGUUGUGGGUCAGUCUGUGAGGCUUCAUUCAUGACAAACGGUUUCAUUGGCAAGUUUCAGGUGUUGGAUGUAUAUAAAAAUCAAUAUGCCUUGUAUAAGACUACAUGGGGUGGUUGUAUUGGGUGUAAGGCUGUACAGAAAUCAGUAUCGGGACAUGAACUGUCAUGUGAUUAAUAUUACAUCAAAUCUAAUAUGAAAUAAACGCUGCCUGAAAUCUG